GAGGCAGGGACGACAAGGGGACGCGACGGCGGCGGCGGCGGCGGGAGCCCCACCGGGGGUCUGGGACUGGGAACUGCCACCGGCUUCGCGAUGCCAACAUGGACAGAGUAGCCUAUGAUGCUCAUCCCCACCCACCACUUCCGAGACAUUGAGCGGAGACCGGAGUACCUCCAGCCGGAGAAGUGCGUGCCACCUCCCUACCCUGGUCCCGCGGGAGCCAUGUGGUUUAUCCGCGACGGCUGUGGCAUCGCCUGUGCCAUCGUCACCUGGUUUCUGGUCCUCUACGCGGAGUUCGUGGUCCUCUUUGUCAUGCUGAUCCCGUCCCGAGACUACGUGUACAGCAUCAUCAACGGACUGGUGUUCAACCUGCUGGCCUUCCUGGCCCUGGCCUCCCACUGCCGGGCCAUGCUCACGGACCCCGGAGCGGUGCCCAAGGGAAACGCCACGAAGGAGUUCAUCGAGAGCCUGCAGCUGAAGCCUGGGCAGGUGGUGUACAAGUGUCCCAAGUGCUGCAGCAUCAAGCCGGACCGCGCGCACCACUGCAGUGUUUGCAAGCGCUGCAUCCGCAAGAUGGACCACCACUGUCCGUGGGUCAACAACUGCGUGGGCGAGAACAACCAGAAGUACUUCGUCCUGUUUACAAUGUACAUAGCGCUCAUAUCCCUGCACGCCCUCAUCAUGGUGGGAUUCCACUUCCUGCACUGCUUUGAAGAAGAUUGGACGAAGUGCAGCUCCUUCUCCCCGCCCACCACGGUGAUCCUCCUCAUCCUGCUGUGCUUCGAGGCGCUGCUCUUCCUCAUCUUCACCUCGGUGAUGUUCGGGACGCAGGUGCACUCCAUCUGCACGGAUGAGACGGGCAUCGAGCGCCUGCAGCGCAAGGACCGGCCCCGGCAGCAGGUGUGCCGCUGGCAGCUGGUCAAGGAGGCCUUCGGCGGGGACUUCUCCCUCCGCUGGUGCAGCCCCUUCUCAGGACAGCCUGAGAUCGCCCCGGACAAGGACUUGGUACGGCAGGCGUCCCAGUCAGACGUGGACAACACCGAGAGCACAGAGGAGCCGUCGGACACCAGGGACGAGGACGUGGAGGUGGUAGAUGAGUAGCUGCCGGGGGGCGGGACUGCUCACUAAAGGUGGCUGCCAGCCGGUCCCAGUGAGUGUGGCUGCUGUGCCCGCCGUCCCCUCCCGCCGCCUCUCCCUGGGCCGGGGGCCUUGGCCCACCGCCUGCCUUGGCGAGGAAGACACGGCUGCCACAUCUCCCUUCGGGGAGAGGACCCCCGACACACGUACUCACAGCCACAUGCGCACACACGGCCACGCACAGGCAGCGCCCGCCAGGGUGGGGUGUACGGGACCGGUGAUGGUACAGCAAGGAUCACCCCCGGCGGGACCCUGGGUCCUCCGAGGCGGCCUGGAGCUGCCCGCAGGUGGCUGCAGCCCCCAGGCAGGGGCGCCGGGGAGCCCCAUGCAGAGCGCUCGGUGCCACCUGCCGUGAGAAGAGACCGUCCUCCCUCCUGAGGGGCGCAGGGACCCACGGCCGGCUGACAGGGCCCACUGCAGGUCAGCCGGUUCUCUAAGGGACUGUCCGUCCCAGAAAGAAGGGGUAAUGGCUCCACUCUGCAGACGGCUGGACCCGGACACAGGCCCCCAUGGCCACCGGGAACCCUCGGCCCACGUGAAGCAGGGGCGUCGGGGUGUCCUGUGCCUGAGCCCACUGCACAGUCGCAGUGUGAGACACACCCGUGCCCGGCGCCCGAGCUGCGGCCUGUGUCGCCCUGCAGGAGGCCUGCCCCCUGGCCCCGUGUCCAGCUCCUCUCCGGGCCCCAGGAGAGGGGUCAGUCACUGCUGGGGGCAUCGCCUCGGGAGCCUGAGAAAGGAAAGCCCCGCGACCUUUAGGGAGGAAGGUGGCCCCGAGCAAGGAGGGCGCGGCCUCCUCCCAGGCUCCCUGGAGGCAGCGACCUGGCCCAGCACUCCGACCCCAGGCGGCCCCCAGACUCUGGUGCCCCCCGCCCCCCCGCAGGCAAGGACCACCGCUUCCUAACCCCCACCCGGAGCACCCCUGCUGGGCCGGACAGGAUGGGGCUGGGCCUACAGCAGCACAGCGCAGCUCGGGACAGCCGUCCCCUCCGCACUGCGGCGUGGUGCUUAUUAACCCUGCGAGGGCUGAGGCGGCCCCGGGCCAGCUCGCCUGCCGCGGGCUGUGGGCCUGCGUGUCCUACCGAGCAGCCCUGCACAGCCGUGCGCUGGCUGUGCACUGGAAAGGGUGUGCACCGGGGGGAGGAGCAGGCCUCGGUCCCCAGGGUCCCCAGAGGAGGAAGGGGGUCAUGGCCAUGUCACUGGAGUCAGCUCUGUGCGGAGUGCAGCCCACGUCGGUACACAACCCUGGGCCCUGGGAAAGGUGCCAAGCACAAGGGGCGGCUCAGCCUGGCGGCAGCCUCAGGCCUCCUGCAUUCCCACCGUCACUCGAAAGGGAGACGCGACGUCCUCCCCGCCCCUUCUCACCGCCGUCCCCUCCCAGGGUCACGGGGGUCCCCUGCCUGACCCCAGCCUCGCGCUCCCAGGGUCACAGGGGGGUCGCCUGCCUGACCCCAGCCUCGCGCUCCCAGGGUCACAGGGGGGUCGCCUGCCUGACCCCAGCCUCGCGCUCCCAGGGUCACAGGGGGGUCGCCUGCCUGACCCCAGCCUCGCGCCCCCAGGGUCACAGGGGGGUCGCCUGCCUGACCCCAGCCUCGCGCCCCCACAAUAGGACUCGGUGCUGGCCUUCUCUCCAGGGCGGCAGCUGCCGCGUAACAUUCCAGGAGCGUCAGCCCCAGGCAAGGUCUCCAGCAGAGGUGGGCCCGAGCCUGGCCUCCUUCCUGAAUAAAGAGAUUGAUCUCUGG